UAACUUGCUUGCUCACAUCCCUUGUUCACCAACUCUCUUCUCUCCGCAGGAAUGGUGCUGAACCCAUGGAACUGUCAGGAGCCUGGCUAACUUUCUCCAGCUUGCCUCCCUGCCUGCAUCUUCUCCUUCCCUCCUCCUUCCUUGUAAUCUACUACCCUCCCUUUCUCGGUAAUUCCACCCGCCCCAGUAGCAGACUGGGCGGUGACCUUAAUGCAUAUAUAUGUAUAUUUGUAAAAGAAGCUGGAUGCUCUCUUACCACCUCUGGUAUCACCUUGUCCAGCAGGAGGGAAACAGAUAGCCACUUGGCAGCUCUCACAACACACAAUGGCUUCUGUCUGGGUGCGAGCAGUUCUUACAGUGGUCCUUUUGCUCUUGGGAGGACACUACUCCAGUUCUGCAGAUUCCUGGUGCUACAAUGAAGCACACUGUGGCCCUAACACGUGGAUAUCGAGCGGUCAUUGUGGUGGCAAGAGACAGUCCCCCAUCAACAUCAUUUCACGUGAAUCCAUCCUUAACUCUAAACUGGGCGCAGUGAACCUCACCAGCUAUGAAGACAGCAAAAAACUGCUGGUGAUCAAGAACACCGGGAGAACAGUUGACGUAGAACUUGAAGAUGGGCUCUCUCUUAGCGGACAUGGCCUUCCAUCAUCAUAUACGGCUAAAUCCUUCCACCUCCAUUGGGGAGAUGGUGUCUCCAAGCCAGGAUCUGAGCACACUAUUGACAGUAAACGCUACUCUAUGGAGUUACAUAUUGUCCACACCAAAAACAACAUGAAUAUAUCGGAUGCCGUGAAGGACCCAGAAGGCAUUGCUGUGCUGGGAUUUUUUCUUGAGGGCUCAGAGGCGGCUAAGUCGAAGGGAAAGGCAGCCGAAGCCUGGGAAGAAUUUAUAAAGAACCUCCAGAAAGUCCCUGAAAAAGACCAAGAUGAAGAUCUCAGGAGUACGGUCUCUCUGCUGGACCUUUUGGGCACCACAAACCUUACCACCUAUUACCGCUACCGUGGCUCCCUCACCACCCCACAAUGCAAUGAGGUAGUCAUUUGGACCCUCUUUACGGACCCAAUCCUGGUGCCACCCAAAGUGGUAGAAGCUUUCCCAUCUGAACUGCGUUCAACCGAUUCCUCCAGUGGGCCCCCAAUAAAGAACAACUUCCGUCCCCAACAGAAACUUGGGGACCGGAAGGUGGAAAGAUCUGCUGGUUUGAGGUCCAGCUCUCCUUCCUCACUCAUCUCUCAGUCGGCCACGUUGCUUCUCUUCCUUUCCAUCACUUCUCUGGCCUCCUCCUUACUUUUCUAAAGGUUGGGAGAAGCAGGAACGACAUGGAAAGGUGAGCUGGAAAGAUCUACAAAAGACUUCAAAGCUAAGCAACCAUCUUUCCUGCCCUCUGGAAACUCCUGUUUUGUCUCCAUUUACCUAUCAGCCCAGCUCAUCCAGUAGCAGAACGCUAAUGGCAGGUGACACUAAGUGUGAGGUCCAUUUUCCAGCAAGAACAGGACUAUGGAUGAGAAAAAGUUCCAACUUUUUGGCCUGUAUUUCGAAAGCAAUUGCAGUCUGUCAAAACUAGAGCUGAAGUCAGACUUCUAAACUAGUUACCUCUUGAAUGACAUCCACAAUCUUAGAGCUUGUCUACACUGAUGAACACAGUUAUACCAUAGAAUCAUAAAAUUGGAAGAGAUCCCAAGGGCAAUGCAGUCCAACCCCAAUCUACCAUACAGGAACACACAAUCAAAGCACCCCUGACAGAUGGCCAUACAGCCUCUGCUUAAAAGCCCCCAGAAAAGGAGGCUCUACCAUUGUCCCAGGCCCCUUAGUG